CCAGCGUUGCGGCCCCGUGGGAAGCGGGUGCGGGCCACCAGCGCCGCCUCUGCCCGCAGGAGCGUCCGGCUUGGUGUCCACUCGGCCGCUGCCGCCCGCCACUGCGGGCGCUGCGUAGAGCUCUCCGUGCGGCCUCGGUGACCGCGGCAGCCCCUCCUGACACCUCUCCCCCCGCCCCUUCGGGAGCCCUCAGCCCGGCAGCCGCGGCGGGAGGAGGAGAGGAGGAGGAGGGAUCGCGGCGCGGGCUGGUCUGGCCACCGUGCCCCGCGCGCCCCGCCCCUGCGCGCACUCCCUAGCCGGCGAGCUACUUUCGGACAAGGAAAGUGAGGGCGGCCCCGGGUGACAGCGCGGCGGCGCCAGUCCCGGGAAGCCGCGUCCGUUCGCGUGUCGCCCGUCGCACUGUCCAGACCCCGCCAUGGCUUCGACCACCACCUGCACCCGGUUCACCGACGAGUAUCAGCUCUUCGAGGAGCUCGGAAAGGGGGCAUUCUCAGUGGUGAGAAGAUGUAUGAAAAUCCCUACUGGACAAGAGUACGCUGCCAAAAUUAUCAACACCAAAAAGCUUUCUGCUAGGGAUCACCAGAAACUGGAAAGAGAAGCUAGAAUCUGCCGUCUCUUGAAGCACCCUAAUAUCGUGAGACUUCAUGACAGUAUAUCAGAAGAGGGCUUCCACUACUUGGUGUUUGACUUAGUCACUGGUGGCGAGCUGUUUGAAGACAUAGUGGCAAGGGAAUAUUAUAGUGAAGCUGAUGCCAGUCAUUGCAUUCAGCAGAUCCUGGAGGCUGUGCUACACUGCCAUCAGAUGGGCGUAGUCCAUCGGGACCUGAAGCCUGAGAAUUUGCUUUUAGCUAGCAAAUCCAAAGGAGCAGCUGUGAAACUGGCAGACUUUGGCUUAGCCAUUGAAGUUCAAGGCGACCAGCAGGCCUGGUUUGGUUUUGCUGGCACACCUGGGUAUCUUUCUCCAGAAGUCCUGCGUAAAGAUCCUUAUGGAAAACCAGUGGAUAUGUGGGCAUGUGGUGUCAUCCUCUACAUCUUGCUGGUGGGAUACCCACCCUUCUGGGAUGAAGAUCAGCAUAGACUGUAUCAGCAGAUCAAGGCUGGAGCUUAUGAUUUUCCAUCACCAGAAUGGGAUACAGUGACACCUGAAGCCAAAGACCUCAUCAACAAAAUGCUGACCAUCAACCCUGCCAAACGCAUCACAGCCUCUGAGGCCCUGAAACAUCCCUGGAUCUGUCAACGCUCUACUGUUGCUUCCAUGAUGCACAGGCAGGAGACUGUAGACUGCUUGAAGAAAUUUAAUGCUAGACGGAAAUUGAAGGGCGCCAUCUUAACAACUAUGCUGGCUACGAGAAAUUUUUCAGCAGCCAAGAGUUUGUUGAAGAAACCAGAUGGGGUAAAGGAGUCAACUGAGAGCUCAAACACCACCAUUGAGGAUGAAGACGUGAAAGCACGAAAGCAGGAGAUCAUCAAAGUCACUGAGCAACUGAUUGAAGCCAUCAACAAUGGGGACUUCGAGGCUUACACAAAAAUCUGUGAUCCAGGCCUCACAGCCUUUGAACCUGAAGCAUUGGGCAACUUAGUGGAAGGGAUGGACUUUCAUAGAUUCUACUUUGAAAAUGCUUUGUCCAAAAGCAAUAAACCAAUCCACACUAUCAUCCUGAACCCUCACGUACACCUGGUAGGGGAUGACGCGGCCUGCAUAGCAUACAUUCGGCUCACACAGUACAUGGACGGAAGUGGAAUGCCAAAGACUAUGCAGUCAGAAGAGACCCGCGUGUGGCACCGCCGUGAUGGGAAGUGGCAGAAUGUUCACUUUCAUCGUUCGGGGUCCCCAACAGUACCCAUCAAGCCACCCUGUAUUCCAAAUGGGAAAGAAAACUUCUCAGGAGGCACCUCUUUGUGGCAAAACAUCUGAAAACCAUUCACAUUUGGGUCUUCUAAUUGUCAACAGUGCCACUUCAUCAUUCUGUCCUCAAGGCACCAGGCGGGUGAUCCUGGGACGUCCUCUCCUCUUCAUGCAUGUUUCUGAGUGCAUGAAGUUGUGAAGGUUCUACGUGUAAUGCAUAUGUGACACGUCAUCUUAUCAUGUGACACGUCAUCUUAUCAUGUAUUCCUUCCUGUACAUUGUUUACACUCCAGCUACCGGAUGGGACGUUCCACGCAAACUUCGAUAACUGUUGGCAAACUAUAGAGGGAGCUCAGACGAGAAAAUUCCACAGUACUCCAAGUUCAGCUGAUCCGUCAGGUUUCUGUAUAUGCCAAGAGUCAAAAGACUUAAAUUAAAAUUACUGUUCUCUGAAUGACAGUGUGUAAGAGGAAAGGAAAUCUUUCAAGAAUGCUGCCUUUAUUGUCUUUGGGCUUUACGUUGGGAUUUUGGGUUUGAUCUUUUUUUCACUUUUAAGGCAAACACACACACACACACACACACACACACACACACACACACACGCGCGCGCAUACGCGCGUGCCUUCAGUUCAGUUCCUGGUGUGAUCCUGGUAGAAAUGAAUGGAUGGCUUUUCUCUGAAAGUGUUGGUGUUGGAUAAAUGAAUAGUUAUGUGAGCAAACUCCUGUGUGAUUGUAGGAACAAGAAUCUUUUGGUGUUCCACCAUUGGAGCCAUGUUGAUUUGGGUCAAACGAUGUAUACUGGGAAAACUCACAUCAUUUACUAGUUUGAUUGCUUUCAGAUAUACACUGUUCUGAUGAAUGCUUGGCACUGGUAUGGGUUCUCCUUUUUUAAAUCUGUGUUCUGUUUUCGGUGUAUACUAUUUGCCCCUUUUCUUUGUUUUACUGUUCCAUUCUUUUUUUAUCUUUCUCUCCCCUCGCCCUUUUUCUCUCUCUCUUUCUUUUAUGUGUUUAUCUUUCUUUCUAUAGCUGGUAGUAUGUAAAAAACAGUAACAUUUACAUAUGAAGUUAAAAUUAAAAAAAAAAACAACAAGGUCUUUUAGAGGAAGCUAAAACUAGCACUUCUGGUCUUUCCCGGGCUAUGGAGCUGUUAGAUUUAAAUAAAUAUUUAAAUAAAAGAGGAAUAAAUUCAGCUCAGGCUACCACUUAUGCUUAGGUAACCUUGCUAUAUUGAAAGUGCUGGGAUUGUUGAGAUUUAUUCUAACAGCAGUAAAAACCUACUACAUUGAUCUGAUUUUUCCCCAACUAGAGAAAUUGAAGACCAAGUGGAGGAUGAUCAGGGCUGUGUACAACCUGAAUCAGAGGGCAUUUACUGCCUCACUUUCACUAGCUAGCCACAUGAGGAGUGGCCAUCCUCCUAGAGGUUAAACUUGAUCUUUGUGACCUCUGCAGUUUUAGCUUCUCCCUUGAGUCACCGCAGCAUCUUUCUGCCAGGAGUUAGGGGUCGCCCAACUUAAAACGAAGAGGAAAAGGAAAUGCCCCAGUUUUCUUUUCAUCUCUUGUUUCUUCUUUGUCGAUUCGGUCCCUGGGAGGCUGUUUCUCUGCGCUGAACUGCUUUAUGGUGCAUGGAAUCCCCAUCAGCGUUACCUCCACCGUAGCUGCUCACACUCCUUAGAAGCUGAUUUUUAAAGCAGAAGCAAAAGAGCAAAAAUGAAACACCCCCUUCCCCCCUUUUUCCUCAUUUCACCUUUUGGUGUUGAUUGCUAAUCACUUUAGAUAUAUUGUUGCUAGUGAAUGUAUGAUAGAUGGGUUGAAGCUUUUCUGAUAAUUAUCACAUGAUGUAAAACAAUAUAUAUAUUUAAAACGAAUAUAUACAGUAAACGUAUUGAGCCGUGUUAACCUGCCAAUGAGAUCUGUGAAAAACGUAAUGGCCUCACUUUUCCCUUUUGAAUUUCUUUUACCUUUCUGUGAAGCAGCUCUGCGUGGCAUACAUGUAUUUAAAAACACAAAUAGUGGUAGAAUGGUUUGGGUUUUUUUUCUUUCUUUUUUUUUUACACUUCUAAAUUAGCAUGUGGUGUUGAAGAAUUACCAUAGAUCCAGUUUGUCUUCUGCACUAAGAUGUGAGGAAAUUGUGAUUUGUUCUCUCCAGCACAGUGGAAUUACACCUUCAUCAUCUUCUGUUGUUUGGAAAACACUGCAGUUUACCAUGGGACACUGUAUAUAUUUCUUGCCGUAAUGGUAAAUGACUGAUUGAUAUAUUUAAGAGUCAAUAAAUUUGUGAUUUCUGCUGACAA